AUGAGUACGUUCGUAAAACACUCAGGUGCAAUCUACACCCCUGCGGUUGAGCAACUUCCGCUAUAUACGGAGAAUGAGGAGGGUCUUCCGCGAUACACGGAAGAUGACGAAGACCAAGAACACCCUGAGCGAGAAGGCGGCCCAGAUAGAAUCCAGUUAUUCCUGAACGGGCUUUUGUCAUCCCCUGAUGAAUCUCAACUUGAUCCGCACAUUGUCAAAGACCUGUUACAGGACGAACAUCGACGAUUAUCGGAUAUCGUAUCAUCUCGCGCCCAAUUUGGAAUUUACAGAGGCGAACUUGCAACGGACGAAUUGUCAUUCAUCGCACUCGCUAUCACCCGUCUUCUUUUUAGAUCCAUCUCUGCUGGGAAGAGCGAAACCAUUUCAUGGCUUAUAUCACAAAACCUGGUUUCCCCCAACAUCAUCGACACGGAUGUUGGACGCGCUGCCAUCAGGAGAACUCCGUUACAGCUUGCUGCUGAGCUUGGGAAUCUUCCACUAGUCAAGAUGUUCAUCGAGACCUAUCAAUGCGAUGACUCCAAGGUCGCACCAGACGGAGAGCUUGCUCUUCGCUUGGCAUCGAAGAACGGGCACAGGCAUGUCGUCGAUUAUCUCCCCGCACGUCGAGGUGGCGGAUGGAAACGAUGGCGAACUGCGCAUGAAGUGUCCAUGGCGAAAGCCAGAGACGCCCUUAAGUCCAUUUUCGAGAUCACCCUUUUUUUGCGGGGUUGCUCCCAUGGAUAA